AAAGUAUAAGACUACUUUAUUGGCUUCUAGUUAGUAGGAACUUUAAGAACUAACACUUUCUUUGUGCCUUGGUAAUCUUCAUCCAGACAUUAAAUCAGUUGUCCCCUCAGCUGUUCAAGAUUCAAUAUGAGUGCAUAUAUUUGAUCUUAUAUAUUUAUAGUGAAACUUUGCCACAUCAACUUCUCCAACUUCACCCAGCUCACUAAAAAUGGCUUGCUAUUUAAAGAAUCAUUCUUCUCGAUAUCUGAUUGGGAACUUCAGGUUACUCAGCAAUGCUAUUGAAGCAAAUAUCCCGGUCAUCUUCUCUGCGAGCUACCAAAACUUCCCUCGCCCUCCGUCGUAUGAUCAUAUCGUUUUGCCGGAGUUGGAACAGCGGAAGUUGCGCUUUCUCCCCAAGACGCCGCAGUUCAACACGAAGGCACCAAAGUAUCCGCGCCGAAACGAUCUCAUUCGAGGGCUUGAGAAGCUCCAGACAGAGUUCCUGCACAACCAAUACGGCGUCGUGGCGCGUGGCGGGGCGUUCCUAGAGUGGGGCCACAUAGAGAUGAUCCGCCACACCGUCAACAAGAAGAUGGACCCACGCAAGAUGUUCGCGGUGUGGCGUAUUGACGCGCCGUGGUUGCCGCGCACCAAGAAAGGUAUUGGCAAGCGCAUGGGGGGCGGCAAACCCUCCAUCGACCGCUACGUCGUGCCCAUCAAACAGGACCGCGUCGUCAUCGAGCUUGGUGGCAAAAUAUCAUUCGCGGAGGCUGAGCCGAUCCUGCGCGUGGUGGCCCAAAACUUGCCGUGCUUGGCAGACGCCACGUCAGCUGAGGAGAUGGCUUACAAGAGAGAGCGGAGACGGGAGCUCGAGGCGGCUAACAUUAACCCGCUUACCUUCAAGUAUUUUGUCCAGAACAACAUCCUGGGCUGCGACCAUUGGCUUACCGCCGCCGACAGGAUAUACUACGGCAAACUUCCGUAGAUUUAUUUCGUAAUAAAUAUCUUUCACAUUAUGGAAUUCUAGUGAAACAAGACUGGUCAAGUGUUGCUCAUGCAGGUGAAAUCAAUGAGAGCUCUUCAAAAUGAGUAGAAGUUGCAAAUAUUUUGACAUAUGGAUGGUGAAUAUAAUUUCAGUUUCUAAACUAAGCCAUUUUGCAUGUUGUACAUUAGGGCUGAGACCUAAUGUCUCAGCCUUUUUAAUAAUGUAAUUAUUAAAAAUGUUUCCAUUUUCUUCUA